GCUAAACGUGUAGUGUAGAUCCUACUAUACUCCUAUCUUGUAGGGAUCCAUCAGCGAGAUUCAGGUACCGCCUCGCCACCUAAUGGAGAUCCUUGCUCGUCGGCCGGCGCCGUCGAUUCUGCUCGCCGCCCUCCUGGUCUUCGUCCUCCUCGUCUCGUCGCCGUAUCCUCUGGAGGCCCGGGCCAUACAUGGAGCACGCGAGCAGCCGCCGGCGCGACUUGACGGCCUCGCAGCUCGUCGGAGUCACCUGCAGAUCACGGGCGUCAGGAAGCUCUUACUGGUCCCAGUGCCGCCGCCUCCGGCUCCGAUGCCCGGGCCUCCCAUAGGCCCUCAGCCCAACAGCCUCUCCCCGCCGCCACGGACAUGAUCGGUGGGGUCGUGCAGUAUCGUGUGCGGCAAAUUUGAAUUAUCUGGAAUAAAAACAGAGGAUCUUUUAUUUAAUGUUUGUCAAACAAAAACCCAGAGUUCAUGUACUCCAAAUUUGAAUUUGUAGUACACAUCCAUGU